AUGAUUUUCGAAUCUAGCCUACCUGCAAGAGAGUUUCCUCACAUUACCUUGUCAAAUCUUUUGUUUGAAAAUAACAGCAAGUUUAGACCAAAUCAACCAUGCUACAUCGAUGCGGAAGACCGUUCUCAGCUAAUCACCUUUGGGCAAGUAAAGGACAUUGCAUAUAAGUUUGCUGCCGGUAUCCAGCGCAGAUUUCCCAAUUUCAAAAAGGGAGAUGUAAUCGCUUUUUACGCUGGAAACAACCUGACUUAUGCUGCUGCUGUUCACUCUCCCGUAAUUAUUGGCAAGUCGCAUUACAACUCUUAUACUGAUGUCGAAUCAGCUGCGGUCUGUCUGAGCACUGUCGAUGCCAAGAUAAUCAUCGCCAGUGUUGAUACCAUUGACAAUGUUUUGAAAGCGGCCAAAAUUGCUGGUAUAUGUUCAAGCAAUAUCUUUGUAUUUGGAGAUGAGGAUGUGCAAGGUUGCUUGUCAUUCAACAAGACCUUCUUGGAUCACAAUGACAAAGUUGUUCCCGCUUUAUGGACUCCUGAAGAGCUUGCAACAGCUCCAUGUUACUUGUGUUUUACUUCAGGUACUACCGGAAAGAAGAAGGCAGUGAUAUUAACGCACAAAUCUUUGACUAGUGCUCUCCUUUUAAAGGACGAUUGGAAUUUUGAUAAGGUUAAUAUGCUUACCCACACAGAUUUCCAUCAUGUCAGUGCCCUUUUAAUCACUAUCCACAUGAACCUGUUUCAUGGUUGCACUACCUACAUUCUCAAGGAAUACUCUUUUGAAAAGAUGCUGUUGGCUAUUCAAGCCUGCAAGAUCCAUGUCAUGGCUACUCAACCAUGGAUUGCCGCUGCAAUGGCAAAAGAACCUAUUCUCGAUGAGUAUGAUCUCUCUUCUUUCCAAUUAGCUGUCGUUGGAGGCUCUUGCAUUGACAAAGCUGUUUGUAUGACUUUUCACAAACGCCUUAAUGCAGCCAUCGUUUCAGCAUAUGGCAUGACGGAAUGCUUAAAUUUGCUCGAGUCAAGUGUCAUUGGGACCCUUAAAGGUGAGCUCGGUACGCUUUCAGCAGGCUUUUCUGCUAAGAUUAUCGAUGAAAAUGGCAAGCUAUUGGGAUACAACCAACCAGGAGAGUUGUGUGUUAAAGGUCCCACUUUGACUCCAGGAUAUUACAAUAGUCCAGAAAUCAAUGCGCAAGCCUUUGAUGAGGAUGGAUUCUUGCACACCGGUGAUCUGUUUCAAAUCAGUGAAGAUGGUCAAGUAACAUUUAUUGAUCGCAUAAAAGAUAUUAUAAAGUACAGAUAUCAUCAUAUUCCACCUCAAAAUAUCGAAAAUGUUUUGAUGCUUCACCCUUUGGUCACAGAUUGUGCUGCUAUUGGCAUCUAUUCUGAAGAGGAAACAAGCUGGGCUCCUAGAGCUUUUGUUUUGCUAUCAGAAAACAGUAGAGAUCACGACGAGAUAAAGAAAGAAAUCAUUGCUUUAGUCAACGAGAAGCUUCCAGACCAUAAACAGCUACGAGGUGGUCUUUUUAUUGUAAAAAAACUGCCAAGAACUUCAACUGGUAAAGUUGAGCGUCGCACACUCCGUUUGCCCAAUAUCGAUGAAUGGCUGUAUUAG